GUGAGCUAAAAGUAAUUUCAAGCAUUCGGUCACUCAAGGAUGAGGGACGCCACCGGCUGAAAUGAAGCUAAAAUUAGUUUCAAGCAUUGGGUCCCUCAAGCAUGAGGGACGCCACAUGAAAGAAAUGUUAAAAAGUACUAGCAGCUUUUAAGUAAAUAAGUCAGUAGCUUGCUAUAUAAAACGAGUAAUGAACAUUAGGCUGACAAGACUUCGAGCCGAAUCAUAAAAUUAGGGCUUUGAAGCCAAACUUUUUCAUAUUAGGUCAUGAAAUAUGAGUAAUUUGAAAAUUUUUUGAAGAAUUUAUCAAUUUCAUGAUCUUUCCUCAGUACUUAUAGGCGUUUUCAAAAAAUUUAAGCCUCCAUGUUUAGGAAAGUUGAAAAUUAAAACACAGUUGAAGGCAAUUUUCUUGUUUAUAUUUUAAUUCUUUUCAAAACCGGCCGAUAUUAUUAACGGAUGCCAACCCUGAGUGAUUUAUUGCCAUGAAUAACGCUUAUUAUGGACUACACUUGCCUAAAAUUUUAAAGAACAACGUUUUACCGAUGAGUGACUUGAGGUCCUUUUUAAAGUUAAACUUCGACCAGAAGUCCAUUCGGCGUGAAGUCCUGUCGGUUUGUUGUCCUAGAUCCACAUGUGGAAUUCAGUUGAAUCUUGUAAGAUUUGAUAGAGUGAAUAACCACAGCUGAUUCUUGAAGUGUUUCAGGUGGAGCGUUCAUCAUGGUGGACGAUAAUUCGAACGUAAAUUUUACUAUUGAUGACUGUCUUGCGGCUUUCGAGCAAAAUUGGGACGAUUCGGUGUUGCACAAAGAGAAGGGUUUGAUUCACGUCCUGGGUUUGAGAGAAAUUGAUUUCGAUUCGGCUGGUGACUUCAAAUUUCCAAGCGGAAACGGAGAUAAGCAAAUGCGCGGAGGAAUGCCGUAUUAUCAACCCAAUUCUAAUUGGACCAGAAUUGGACUUCGUGUGCGAAGAAGGUAUGACAAUGGAAACGAUGAUUGGCUCAAGAUGGACGGAAAUCCACAUGAAUGGGCUGUGGGCUUCCAUGGAAGUACAAAAAAAAGCACAUCAGAUAUUGCCCACACGCGGCCGUUUUGGGUGCGUCAAGGUGGGUUUUGGGUGCGUCAAGGUGGCCAAGCGUACGAAACUGACAAGGAUGUGAACUCGCUAAGUGACAAGAAAGGUCAGCCUUGCGGCAAGGGCGCCUAUUUUGCUGCCAAAAUUGACGAUGCGUACAAAAAUUGCGUAAUCGAUAACCAUGCAUGCAUUUUCCAAGUGAGAGUUAGGCCUGAAAAAACAAGGAUUCCGGAUGGUAAACCAGAAUAUAUGAUUGUUAACGAUCCUGAAUACAUCCGGCCUUACGGCUUAUGCCUGAAAAUGAAAAAUAACGCCGGAAGUGAACACGGAGACUCUUGUGUACUGCAGUGAGAAAUGGCUGCCACUAUCAAGUCCUUCCUUGAUACAAUAUUGUCUAAUUUUGUGAUAUAUAAACUCUUUCAACACCAAAUAAUGAACUUAUUAACUAGGAAAUCAAUUGUAAUCGGUUGACUUUUAUAUACAACUAAAUAAUAUAUACCAAUCGUACACAGAUUACACAUUUAUUGUCCACAGAAUAUGUAUAGAUUGUACAAG